AUGAGCGCGCGGACGUUCCUCGGCGCGUCGGCGACGGCGUCGAACGCCUCGCGACGACGGCAACGACAUCAACAGCAGCUCGCGGCGCCGCUUCGCGCGCGCGUCCGACGCGUCGUCGCGUCCGCGUCGUCCGCGGGCGACGCCGGCGACGCCGGCGACCGCGCGCCCGAACCGACGCGACGCCGCGUCCGUCGCGUCGGGUCGCGAGGACUCCCGGGCCCGGGCGCGGACGCGCCGCGGCCCGCGGUCGCCGCGGAGGGCGACGACGCGCCGUCGCCGUCGCCGUCGCGUUCGACGCCCGACGAGACGACGCCGCGACGCCGAGAGCCGUCGUCGCGCGGCGGCCGCGGCGGAGGCGGCCGCGGCGGAGGCCGAGGCCGCGGCCGCGGCGACGCCGCGGCCGAUCAGCGCCAGCGCGUCCCGCCGCGGAACCGACGACGCGACAACGGCAAGAGCGGGCGCAGGCGCGCGUCCGACGCCGCGAGAGCCGUCAACGACGCGCUGUCGCGCGCGCGAACGAUCGACGACCUGCGAGUCGUCGUCGAGGCGAACGAUCUCGCGGCGUCGUUCAACGUCGUCAACGUCGCGACCGCGUACAGCCGCCUCGGGAGGCACGUCGAGGACGCCGAGCGAGGCACGCUGGACGACGCGCGGUGGUACCUCGCGCUCGAGACGCGAGCGUUCGCGCUGCUUCCGGAGCUCGGAGGAUGGGCGGCGUCGUCGCUGACGUGGGCGCUGGGACGCACGGGGAGAGACCCGGGGGCGAAGUUUUGGGAGGCGCUGGAGCGCGUGCUGUUGAGAAAGGCGAGCGAGCUCGAGCCGCAGGGCGUGGCGAACAUCCUGUGGGCGUUCGCGGUGUUGGAGAGGAAGCACCCGGUGGCGCUGAGCGGCGCGCUGGAGACGGCGGCUACGAAAUUUUGUAAAUUCGCCGGCUCGGGCGCCGCCGCGAACGCGAACGCGACCGCCGCGCGUCUCGGCGGCGGACGCGGCGGCAGAGGACGCGAGCGCGAGACCGUUCCCACCGGGUUUAAGCCGUACGAGCUCACGAUGAUGUUCUGGGCGCUCACGCGGUUCGGCGAGGAGCCGUCCGUGGAGCUCAGAGGUUUGUUCGAGGCGCAGUGCGGCAGGGUGUUGAACGAGCUCAAGCCGCGGGAGCUCGCGAACGUCGCGAGCGCGUACGGACGCAUAGGCAGAGCCGCGCCGCUCCUCGCCGCGGUCGCGGACGAGGCGUGCGCGGGCGUGGGGUUGGACAGGUUUAAACCUCAGGAGUUUUCGAUGCUCUUGUGGGGCCUCGCGAAGGCGGCGAGCGCAUCCCGGGACGCGGCGGCGCCGUCGUCGUCGUCGCGCGCGCGGUUCGACGUGUCCGACAGCUUCGACGGCGGCUUCGGCGGCCUCGUCGCCGGGCUCGCGUCUACUUCUAGAGACGAACACGGCGGCGGGUUGAUCUCCUCGCAAGCGCUCGAGAUGAUCGCAGACGAGCUCCAGGCGCGCGCGAGCGCGGACGGCGGCGGCGGCGGCGGCGGCGGCGGCGGCGGCGCGGACGGAGGAGGGUUAGAACCGAAGGAGUUGUGCCUCGCCGCGUGGGCGGUCGCGACGUUGCAGCCGCGCGCGGAGCGGAAAGAGAUGAGCUUCGACGCGCGAGAGGCGAACGCGGCGACGAAGGCGAGGAAGAAGAGCGCGUCUUCGACGACGACGAUGCCCGCGAUGGUCGCGGUCGAGGCCGCCGCCGCGAGGGCGAUGCGCGACUUCAACCCGCAAGAUUUCGCCAACUUGAUCUGGGCGUUCGCGAAGCUGGAUCACACCCCCGGCGCCACCUUCCAGGAAGCGUUCGAAGACGCGCUCAUACGGAAGAUAUCGAAAUUCUCCCCGCAAGCGCUCGCGAACGUCGCGUACGGGUACGCGUCGCUGGGGUUACCCGGCUCGAGAAACGUCCUUCCGUUCGUCGCGCUUCACCUCACGAAGGACGUCUUGACCGACGUCGAAACGCGCGAGCUCGUGAUGGUGAUGUGGUCGUUCGCGCAGUCCGGGUACGACCCCGGGGCGGAGUUCAUCGCGCGCGCGGAGGAUGCCGCGCUUCGAGUCGUGGACGCGAUGGAGCCGGACGAAGUCACGCAGUACUUGUGGUCGCUGGCGUCGCUGCGGUAUCGACCGAGGGCGGCGUUUUUACGCGCGGUGGAAUCGAGGAUCGACGCGUGCCCGGCCAAGUUCGACGCGCAGGCGGUGACGCUGACGCUGUGGGUGUACGCCACGCUCGGGAUCGUCCCGUCCGCGCGCGUCACGGAGCGGUUCGCGGACGAGAUCGACGCGAUGACGUUCGAAGACUUCAACCCGCAGGAUCUCAGUUUGGGAUUUUGGGCCGCCGCGGUGUUGCGCGCGCAGCCACGCGGCGACCGCGGCGACGACGCGUGGGUCGAGACCGCCCUGCGUGGGCUCGCUUCGAAGCUUCCCGCGCUGGAGGCGAGCGCGGUCUCCCCCGGGGGUUUGUCCGCGAUGUUCCAAGGGAUCUUGACGCUUCGCAUGGUCGACGCCGAGACCGGGGGAACGCUCUCCGACGAGCUGGGCGCGCGCUGGGCGCACCUCGAAGACGACGCGGAGGCAGCCUACCGCGGGUACAAGACCGACGACCCGACGGUAUCGCUGCUGCAGCAAGACGUCGCGAUGGCGCUGACAGAGAUGGGGUUAACGUUCGAGAUCGAGGCGUUCAUCGACGGCGGGUUGAUUCGUCCGGACAUCACGCUCACCGGCGGCGGCGACGCGACGGAUCGCUACCCGGGCCUAGACCGCGUCGUCAUCGAGGUCGACGGGCCGUGCCACUACAGCGUCGAGCCGUCCGACGCGACGGACGACACGCUGGACGAUUGGUUCAGCGGCGGCGGCGGCGGCGGCGGCGACGACGACGACGACGACUCGGAGAAGGAUCCGAUCGACGCGGACGGGAAAGAGGGCGCCGCCGGGCGUUGGCCGCUCGGAAGCACGGUCCUUCGCAACCAGCUCUUGCGGAGCAGCGGGUUAGAGGUCGUGACCGUGACGUACCACGAGUGGGAUCGGAUGACGACGCCGGAGGAUCAGCGGGCGUACCUGCGCGGGCUGUUAGAGCGAGCGACUGAGCAGCCAAGGUGAAUAGACUAGUCGUCGGUUUUCGGGGUACAGAGCGUCGUAGCGGUGAGAGUCACCCUCGUAGUACAAAGUUGUAGGUACCUCUUCACGUCGUCGUCGUCGUCAACACGUCCACGACGACGCCGUUCAUGUUC